AGUGAAGACAAAGAAGAGACAUUUCUUCUGGGAAAAUUUUCGGUGUAGAGUAAAGAUUAUCUUUGAGACAUUUAACAAGAAAUUCAACACAUUUUUAUAAGUGUUCCUUUUUCUGUUGACGAACUGGGAGUGUUAUAAUUUUACUGGAUUUCCUCCUCAUGAUGAAGCUGAUCCUGUCUCUCACUCUCAUCUGGACUCUCUCCAGCACAGCUGAAGCUCUUGAGUGUUGGCAGAUUUCAGGAGAUGUAACAGAGUUACAUCCAUGUGAAUCUACUGAGCUAUGUGCCACCUUUCAAGUAAGUAUGAAUGGGCAUGAAAUUCCAUACACCAGGAGGUGGUGUGCGCCAUCCUCCCAGUUCAGUGAAGGAAAGCACACAUUUUCAGCCAGUGUUGGCUUUGCAAAUAUAUCUGCAUAUGUGUGUAACACAGAUGGCUGCAACAAUCAAACCAUACGUUACCCUGGUGUUCAGAAGAAAAACAAAUUGCAGUGUUUCACCUGUGAUGAUCCAUCUUCUGAUGUGUGUAACCAGACAGUACAGUGUGUGGGAGAGGAGGACCGCUGCAUUAAUGGGACUGUGGAAUAUCAUGAGCAUGAAACAGCUCGGACCUUUGGAUGUGUCUCUGCCAACAUCUGUGAAACGUUUCCUCACUUGGAGCUCCUGCCUGAACUGAAAGCUAAAUUCCUUCAUCCACCAACAUGUUGUGAAGGCAGCUUCUGUAACUCAGCCUGGUCUGUCAAACUGAAUGUGAUGACUUUGCUGUUUGGACUCAUUACCCUUAUCUUCUAUUAGAACAAAGAGAAACUAACUAAAUAGCUCACGUGUAGUCUUUGUUAAUAAGCCAAAUACAUCUAUCAUCAUAUCACUCAUUUAUACAGUGACAUGUCUUCAACAGUUUGAAUGUUUUAGCUUGGUAAAUAAUUAUUUUAACCACAACUGUAGCAUACCAGUAAAAAAAAAAAGUUACCUAAUGAUAAUCCUGUCUGAUUCAUGAACAGUAACAAAUAACAUGUAUUUACAAAUUAUAACUUCCUGACUACAGUUAUUUAAAAUAACCAAAAACAAUGUUGUUUCUCUGUUAGUAACAAGUAGCUACUUACUUAGAGGUAAAUGUACACAUCAGAAUAAGUACUUGCAGUGCAGAUGAAAAUACUAUUUAAUUUGCGAAGACUACUUGAGUAGUAAGUGUCUAACUUUGAUAUCUGUGCUCUGUUAACGAGACAACUGUGGUCUAGGAAGUCAGUCUCAAAAUUAUGUUUCAUGGUCCAGAUAAUUUAAUGUAUAAUUAUUUUAAUGUAGUUGGCUGUAUGUUUAGGUUGGUUGUCCUGGCUAGAUAAAAGUCUGUAUUUGUAGAGGAAAACAAGGCUAUGUGAAGCUCUGAAUCAGUGUGAAGCAGUUAUGUUGAAAUUGGUUCACUGUUUGGGAGUAUUUGAUACACUUAAAAUGGCGCCAUCUGCUGUCUGUCAUGGUGAUACCUGCAUUAUUUCUGUAAUCUAUGUAACUUUAUAUUACAUGAGACUUUUCUGUGGCUAAUAAAGACAAAUGUGUAUUUGGGGAAAGAUUGGGGUUUAUUUCAAUAUUAAAAAAGUAAGUACGUU